GCGGGGCCCCAUGAGCGCGGCGCCCCUGGUGGGCUACAGCAGCAGCGGCUCCGAGGAUGAAGCCGAGGCCGAGGCCGCGUCUGCGGCCACGGGGCGAACCGGGCCCGGGAAUAGACGGCGCCGUCGAAGCCAGAGCUCCCUGCCCUGUCAGAGGUUUCCAGUACCAGAGAGUGUGCUGAACAUGUUUUCCAACACAGAGGAAGGACCAGAGGAUGACAGUACAAAACACGGGGGACGGAUCCGCACCUUUCCCCAUGAGCGGGGCAACUGGGCCACCCACAUCUAUAUACCAUAUGAAGCCAGGGAGGAAUUCCUGGACCUGCUUGAUGUGUUGCUGCCCCACGCCCAGACCUAUGAGCCCCGGCUGGUGAGGAUGGAGGAAUUCCACCUCAGCCUGUCUCAGAGUGUGGUCCUGCGCCACCACUGGAUCCUCCCCUUUGUACAGUCCCUGAAAGACCAUGUGGCCUCCUUCCAAAAAUUCUUCUUUACUGCCAAUCAGGUAAAGAUUUAUACCAAUCAAGAGAAAACCAGGACCUUUGUUGGGUUUGAGGUCACCUCAGGGCAUGCCCAGUUCCUGGACCUAGUUUCAGAGGUUGACAGAGUCAUGGAAGAGUUCAGCCUGGCCACGUUCUAUCAGGACCCUUCAUUCCACAUCAGUCUGGCCUGGUGUGUGGGUGACGCACAUCUGCAGCUAGAAGGGCAGUGCCUCCGGGAGCUACAGGUUCCCCCUAACAUGACUGUCCCCUCCCUGCUGGCUGCCGGCUGAAGGAGAUCGUGGACCAUUUUGAAGACUCUGAGCUGCUGCUGCGAGCGCUUGCUGAGCAGGUCCGCUGCAAGUCUGGGAACAAGUUCUUCUCCGUGCCUUUGAAGUGAGCCCCAAAGGCAUUCCGGGACUCAGGCCCCUCUGCAGGCCAGACUGGAGAUGGGGGAGCCUGCCAACACCCAUGGGAAUGCCCCAGCCUCCCUCCAGGAGGCCCCAGCUCCCAUUCCUGAUUCUUCCUAGAGAGAGUUUGGUCCAUAGGAUUACAGGUUAGAUGCCACUGUGUGGCCGUCAUUCUCAGAAAUCACCAGUAGAGGGAAGUCUGGACUUUCUAAUUCUUGCUCUGUAGUUGUGUUACAAAGAGAAAAAUGAGGGUCCCUAGGGGAUCCCAUCCACACCCAGCCAGAACCCUAACUGAAGUCCCUCUGGGCCACUACCCCAGGCCCUGCCCCUGUUGGCAUUGUGGUUCCAUAAGACUCAGCAAAGUCUUUUGGGAUUUUUUUUUGUUUUUUUUUUUUUAAAUCAUCAUACCUUAUCAAGCUAGGACCUAGUGACUUCAGUGAGACCGCCACCUCCUUCCUGGAAGUAUGCCACCAUUAUUUAUCUGGUUUUGUCGCCCCAUCCUGCACCAGCAGAGGCCAUUUCAGGACUAGGCACAGGGUGCUAAUUUGUGGUGGGCAGCAGCUUUCUCCAUUCCCUCCUCCCACUUUCCAGGUGCCUGGGGAGGCUUCAACAGAUGUUUCAUUUUGGCCUGGCCCUGGCUGGAGGCCAGGCCUCCAACACUCUGACCUCUGGCUUCCUCAGCAGCUUUCCCAAAGAGGCAGAGAGGUCCCUUCCUGCAGGGGCCUCCUGCUGCUGCUGUGGCGGGUCUUUCUGCAAGGAGCCUAGGGGAUUCUUUUUAUCAGUUCCUCAAGAGGAUGAGGACCAGUCCUUACCAGUUAUCACUGGAGUUUCUGGUGACAGAUGAAGAAUUAUUUUUGUUACAGAUGUAAAUUAUCCUAAAAAUAAAAAUGGCAUUUUUCUUU